GCAGAGAGUUGGCAGCCCCAAUAAUGUGUGUGUGUUUGUUGAUUUGUUGAUAGAAAAAAAAAACAACAGUCGCUGUAAAGACAAACAAAGACAACGCCACCAGAAAACGAAUUUUAAUUGCUAAAAAAUCAGAUCCGAAGCACUACGCAGUUCCAUCUGCCUGCGUACUGGUGAUUGUGUGCGUGUGUUUUUUCGUGUAUUUCCGCUGGUGAGAAAGUGCAAUAAAUCUGGACAUAAUAAGCUCCAGUGAAAGUGUUGUAUCCCCAAAAAACCAGAAAGAUAUACAGAUACAGAUAGAGAUAUAUAAUCAGCAAAGGGAAGAAUCAGCAACAACGAUGGCCACAUAUCAAAUGAAUUUCAAUCAGGACUUUACCUCCCUGUCCGUCUUGAGCCCCGCGGGCCUGAGGCUCUACUCGAUAGCCGGACAGGACAAGGUUGAGGAGAUCUUUGCCAAGGACAAUACAGAGCAGAUUCGGAUUGUAGAGCGUCUGUUCAAUAGCUCGCUGGUGGUGCUGGUCACCUCCCAGAAACCCAAUUGCCUCAAGAUGCUGCACUUCAAGAAGAAGCAGGACAUUUGCAAUUGCUUCUAUCCAUCUGAGAUCCUGUGCGUGCGGAUGAAUCGCCAGCGAUUGAUUGUCUGUUUGGCGGAGAGCAUACACAUCCACGACAUACGCGACAUGAAGAUCCUGCAUUCCAUCGAGAACAUAGCGCCCAAUGAGCUGGGGCUCUGUGCCCUGUCUCUGAACUCACAUUUGGCCUUCCCCGUCUGCCAGUCCAGCGGAGAGCUGCGCAUCUUCAAUGCGAAUAAGCUGAGGACGGGGAUGACCAUCAAAGCCCACGACACGCCCCUCUCAGCGCUGACAUUCUCGCCCAGUGGAGCGCUGCUGGCUACCGCCUCGGAGCGGGGCACUGUGAUACGCGUGUUUUGUGUGAAGAAUGGCCAGAGGGUGCAGGAGUUUCGGCGAGGAGUGAGCUGUGUGCGGAUUGCUUCCCUGGUGUUUGCGGCGAGCGGGGAUUUCCUGUGCGCCUCUUCCAACACGGAGACGGUACACAUUUUUAAGAUUGAUGCGCGAGCCGUGGAGUCUGUGGAACUAAAGGCAAUUGCGGAAGUUGCUGCCAAAUCGGACAAAGCCUCCAAGGAAUCUGCGGCGUCGGCUCCGCCAGAUACGGAAGAGGCCACUGCGACGCCCGUUGCCAGUUGGGGAGGAAUGUUCUCCAAGGCGGUAUCAUCACUGCUUCAUUCGACGCAGGUCAGCGACGUCCUGGCCCAAGACCGAUCCUUUGCCACAGUUGUGCUGGCUCAGGCGGGACUCAAGCACAUCUGUGCACUGACGCGAGUGCAGAAGGAGCUGCGUCUGCUGAUAGCCUGCGAGGAUGGUUUCCUCUACGUUCACGAGUUCAAUGCAGAGCGAGGAGGUUCCUGCAAGCUGCUAGCGGUCCAUGAUCUGAGGGGAGCCCUGGAGGAUGUCAUCGAGUUGCAGCUGAGCGAGAGUGUGCUGAAGAUGCAGGCCAAGCCCGUGACCACACCUCAAUCGCUGACGCUGCUCAAGAGCUGUGCGGCCAGUGUGCUCAUUGAGAAUCCCGAUCCCAUGCCGGAUAACAGCUAUGCGAGCAUUCUCAGAGGAGAUCAGGCGGAUGCCAUGUCAGAUUCCGCCAAAUUCCGAAAACUCUGCGAUGCCAUCGACACUCCAACGAAGCUCUACGAUGAGCGACAAUUUCCGCCUGUCGCCAUUGCGGCCAAAGAUUGACCAAAACGCCGCAGUUCCAUAGACAUGGUCUUUGUAGAAAAACCAUAGAAAUAUCGACCCCAAAAACAAUAUAAAAACCCUUAGAAAAGUUGUCCAAAAAAAUAUAUGAAAAAUGUACUUUUAAGUUCUGCUAAAAAGCAAAAUCAACAAAAAGGAAAUACUCCAAACAAGAAAAUUUAACAAAAAAAGUAUUUUAAUUUAUAUACUAACUGUAAGAAUUAAUCCUCUUUAAUUUCCAAUCGAUUUUGUAUAUAAAUAUAUCUUUAACUAUAGAAACUUCCCAUAAUUGUUAACAAAUUUAUAUCUUGGCUUUCUCAUUCCGUUAAUAUCUCCAUUUGUCCAAGUGUUCUCAUAGAUUCUCUCUAAUGCAGUUAUCCAAACUCUGUAUUUUUGUAUGAUAUAUAAAUAUAUAUAUAUUUAGUGAUAUAACAAAUUAUUAUAGUAAUAGUAAAGACUUAGCAAAUUGUGCGAUAGAAGCUCAACAGAAAAUCAAAAAAAAAAAAACUAAAAACAAAAA